AUGUUCUCCAGGAAGAAGCGGGAGCUCAUGAAAACCCCUUCUAUCUCGAAAAAGAACCGGGCGGGAAGCCCCUGUCCACAGCCCUUGGGGGAGCUGCCCAGGAGAGAUGGGGCUGAUGCAGGGUCCCUGGCGCCCAGCCUGGAACCACCAAGUGUGGCCUUGAAUGCCAAGGCCACGGGCACACUCAAGAGGCCCACCAGCCUAAGCCGCCACGCCAGCGCUGCCGGCUUCCCACUGUCUGGAGCCAGCACCUGGACGCUGGGCCGUGGCCACCGCAGCCCACUGUCAACAGUCAGCCCAGCCGAGGGACCCAUCCAGGGACCCUGCCCCGACACUGUGGAGGACAUCUCCCACCUGCUGGCUGACGUGGCCCGCUUUGCCGAGGGCCUUGAGAAGCUGAAGGAGUGUGUUCUGCAUGAAGACCUUCUAGAGGCUCGCCGGCCGCUUGCCCACGAGUGCCUGGGUGAGGCCCUCCGCGUGAUGCACCAGGUCAUCUCCAAGUACCCGCUGCUGAACACCGUGGAGUCGCUCACAGCUGCCGGCACCCUCAUUGCCAAGGUCAAAGCCUUCCAUUAUGAGUGCAACAAUGAUUCGGACAAGCAGGAGUUUGAGAAGGCCUUGGAGACCAUCGCAGUCUCCUUCAGCAGCACUGUGUCCGAGUUCCUCAUGGGUGAAGUGGACAGCAUCCUCCUCUCAGUGCCCUGGGGACCCGGGCCAGGUGAGCAGGGAUGGCCUGGGGUGGGCGAAGGGUGGGCUGGGGAGGAGCCUGGGCUGAGGAGUGUCUGUCUCGCAGGCUGCCUCUCCCCGGAGGCGGUGGACACGCUGCUGCAGCGCUGUGAGGGGGGUGUGGACGCCGCGCUGCAGUACGCCAAGAACAUGGCCAAGUACAUGAAGGACCUCAUCGGCUACCUGGAGAAGCGGAGCGCGCUGGAGAUGGACUUUGCCAAAGGUCUGCAGAAGAUCGUCCAGAACUGCAGACAGAGCGUCAUGCAGGAGCCACACAUGCCCCUGCUGUCCAUCUACUCGCUGGCCCUGGAGCAGGACCUGGAGUUCGGCCACGGCCUGGUACAGGCGAUGGGCACUCUGCAGACCCAGACCUUCGUGCAGCCCCUGAACCUGCGGCGGCUUGAGCACGAGAAGCGCAGGAAGGAGAUCAAGGAGUCUUGGCACCGCGCCCAGAGGAAGCUGCAAGAGGCAGAGUCCAAUCUGCGCAAGGCCAAGCAGGGCUACGUUCAGCGCUGCGAAGACCACGACAAGGCCCGCUUCCUAGUGGCCAAGGCGGAGGAAGAGCAGGUGGGCGCUGGCCUGGGUGCAGGGGGUGCGGCCUCCAAGACCCUGGACAAGAGGCGGCGCCUGGAGGAGGAGGCCAAAAACAAGGCGGAGGAAGCCAUGGCCACGUACCGCACGUGCGUGGCGGAUGCUAAGACGCAGAAGCAGGAGCUUGAGGACACCAAGGUGACGGCACUCCGGCAGAUCCAGGAGGUCAUCCGGCAGAGCGACCAGACCAUCAAGUCGGCCACCAUCUCCUAUUACCAGAUGAUGCACAUGCAGACGGCCCCGCUGCCUGUGCACUUCCACAUGCUGUGCGAGAGCAGCAAGCUGUACGACCCGGGCCAGCAGUACGCCUCCCACGUGCGCCAGCUGCAGCGCGGCGAGGAGCCAGACGUGCACUACGACUUUGAGCCCCACGUCUCCACCAACACCUGGUCCCCGGUCUUGCGAGCCCGAAAGGGCAGCUUCAACGUCAGCGAUGCUGCGGUGGCGGAGGCCGCGGGCUGCCCCCGAGAGGAAGGUGGGCCCGGCGACGGGGAGCUUGCCAAGGAGCGCAGGGGUGGGCGCGGACACCAGGUGCACAAGUCGUGGCCGAUCGCCGUCUCAGACUCUGACGCCAGUCUGGACCCCAGCCCUGGCUCAGGGGACUUUAAGAAGUUCGAGCGCAUGUCUUCCAGUGGCACCAUGUCGUCCAGCGAGGAGCUGGCUGACCAGGAGGGCAGCACAGGCGCAUCAGCCUUUGACCAGGAUGACCUCAAUGACAUGGCCCCGGAGCUGCCUGUGGCCAUGCCCAGCGGGCCCUUCCGCCACGUGGGGCUGUCCAAGGCGGCCCGUACCCACCGGCUCCGGAAGCUCCGCACGCCGGCCAAGUGCCGGGAGUGCAACAGCUACGUGUACUUCCAGGGUGCCGAGUGUGAGGAGUGCUGCCUGGCCUGCCACAAGAAGUGCCUGGAGACCCUGGCCAUCCAGUGUGGCCACAAGAAGCUGCAGGGACGCCUGCAGCUCUUUGGCCAGGACUUCAGCCAGGCCGCCCGCAGCACCCCGGACGGCGUGCCCUUCAUCGUCAAGAAGUGUGUCUUCGAGAUUGAGCAGCGGGCGCUGCGCACCAAGGGCAUCUACCGGGUCAAUGGGGUGAAAACGCGUGUGGAGAAGCUGUGCCAGGCCUUCGAGAACGGCAAGGAGCUGGUGGAGCUGUCGCAGGCCUCGCCCCACGACAUCAGCAACGUCCUCAAGCUCUACCUGCGCCAGCUGCCUGAGCCGCUCAUCUCCUUCCGCCUCUACCAUGAGCUUGUGGGGCUGGCCAAGGACAGUCUGAAGGCAGAGGCCGAGGCCAAGGCGGCAACCCGAGGCCGGCUGGAUGUCACCGAGAGAGAGGCUGUGGCCGUGGCCAUGGCGGGCCGGCUGCGGGAGCUCCUGCGGGACCUGCCGCGGGAGAACUGGGCCACGCUGCAGUACCUGAUGCGGCACCUGCGCAGGAUCGUGGAGGUGGAGCAGGACAACAAGAUGACACCUGGGAACCUGGGCAUCGUGUUUGGGCCCACGCUGCUGCGGCCCCGGCCCACUGAGGCCACCGUGUCCCUCUCCUCCCUGGUGGACUACCCCCACCAGGCCUGCAUCUUGGAGACCCUCAUCACCCACUACAGCCUGGUCUUUGAGGAGGAGCCCGAGGUGGCAUCCGGGUGCCAGGAUGUGACGUCCAACCAGGGGGCCGAGGUGGUGGUCCAGGAGCCGUACCCGGAGGCCAGCGGGGGCGUGGCCUUCCCCCUGCCGGAGGAGGCUGAGGAUGGGGGCCUCGAACCCCACGUUGCCUCCAAUGACUCCGACUCAGAACUGGAAGAGGCCUCGGACCUGCCAUCCCCGGCGGGUGGGGUGGCCCUGCACUGCCUCGGCUUCCUGGAGCAGCUGGGCGGUGAGGCGGGCGCGGAGGGCAGCCGGGACAGCCACAGCGGCAGCGAGGAGCAGCUGGGCACUGCCUCCGGGGAAGGGGAGGAUGGGCCUGGGCCUGGGGUCUGGGAGGACCUCGGGGAGGAGCUGGCCCAGCGGCUCGCCGAGCACAAUACCAACCAGUGCAACAACGUGGCUGCGGCCCGCCUGCCGGCCGUGAGGCUCCGCGGCGGGUGGCUGGCAGGGGGCGCGGGCUGGGAGAGGCAGCCAGAGUUCGUGUAGCUGGGGCAGCGGGCAGGUCCGCUCCAGGCUCCUGUCCCUGCAGACACGUCACCGAGAGGCCUCUCCUUCCGCCCACAGCGGCAAGGGCAUCACUGGCCAACUUUUCCAGAAGCUUCUGCCCGCGCUGCUCCACACGCCCACCAGGCCCCACUCCGUUGAGCUGGGGGAUUCUGCUCUUGGGAGUCGGCCGGGCUGUGAUGGAGGGACCCUGCCGACCCUGGCACUGGGCCGUGGAGGCCACAUGGCAGCUGGGAGGAGGGCUGGACGUCUUUGUGGAUGGUGGGUGGGCGGACUCGGGAUGCCCUGGCUUUUACGGAAAACUGGGUUUGGAUACCUGGGGCCGAGCAUGCAGUGAAGUUCCACGAUGGAGUUCUUUGACAAGCACAUUCCUUUUGCAUAAAAUAAAGUCUUUAACCUGAGCCUGUCUUCUCUGGCAGCAGUGGCCUAGUGACCCAGUGACCCAGACACGCAGGGCACUGAGCGCCGUCCCCAGCUCCUCGCUGGGCUUGGGGGGCAGGGCAGGGAGCUGUGAAGAAGAAACCCCACCACAAGCAUCCCCGUCAGGCGCGGGAGCCCAGGUGGCCAUGGGGACCAAUUCCCAUCGCCUCCUGACUCGGGCCGCCAGCCCCCGGGGGCUCCGGAGCACCGAGGUGUGGCUGCUGUGCCGAGAAGCCGCAGCUGAGAUCUACCUGCACCCAAGGCCUCAGGAAGACAGCGGCCACCACGUGGGACGGCACAGCCAGCAAGAAGCGAGCACCCCUCACCCAGCUCAGAGACCCCCGCCGGAGGGGCCGCCGGCUCAGCAGAGACCCAGCUAUAUUAGAUGGAAUUCACACCCAGUCAUGGCAAAAGCUGCUGGGCCUCCAUUCCUGACAGAACAGCUCACCCCAAACUUCAGUCCCCCACCCAGGCUUAGAUAAGACCCGCUGUGACAGUCAGUGUGCUUCGCCCCUGCACACGCUUCCUAAGAGUGAGCAGGAAAAACAGCCAGCAAACUACCAAUGUGUUUUGCAAACAGAGAUAAUGGGCCAGGGGCCACACCCUCUCGGUUACAUGUGGCCUGUGGCCACUUAUGCCCUGUAGAGUUGAGCAACUGUAGCAGGGCCACCUGGCCAGCAAAGCCAACAUAUUGACCGUCUGGCCCUUUACAGCAAAACUUUGCUGACCCCGAUCUACGUUUUUUUAAAAAACGGUCAGAAGAAUGAGCAAGUCUAUUAACAUUUCAGAGUGCUCAGCAGGCCAGGUAACGGCAAGAAGGCAUCCCGCUGUCAGGUGCCAAAGCAUCUCUAAGGAGCCUGGCGGAUCACGCCACACAACUUCACAGGUUGCACCACCUUCAGACAAGGGCUGGCCCAGGCUCACAACAUGUCCUGGUGGCCGGAGUGGGGGGCUGGGGGUGCUGCGUUAAAGGCAGCCCCUGCCUCCAGACCCGGGGGGGACCUACUUCCUGAAGCCCCGAGGCAGGCAGGCGUCAGGACCAAUCUCAGGGACUCAGAACAGGCUGUGCGUGGUGGCACAGGCAGGCGGAACCGGUGCCCCAACAACAGGCAGGGGACCCCAAAGGGGAGCUGGUGCCGCUGGAUGGAGGGCGUAAGGGGCGUCCGCACCUCGCACCUGAGACCCCGCACCCGGGGACAGGUCUGUGCCCAGCCAGGAGACCAAGCACCCUAACCAAGAGCAGAAAGAAUUUUCAGGGAAUCAGUGAGUUGAUUCUAGAAUCCAUUUGCAAGAAGCAAUACUCAAGAACAGCCAAGACAAUUUUUAAAAAUUGUAAAUUAUACACAUUUACCAUUCUCGCCACUUUAAACCACACAGUUCACAGGCACUAAGCACCUUCACAUUGUCGUGCAACCAUCUCCACCAUCAUCUCCAGAACUUUCUCAUCUUCCCAAAGGGAGACUCUGUCCCCGUGAAACCCUGACUCCCCAUGCCCUCCCCCACCAUCUGCUUUCUGUCUCUGUGGACCUGAUUCCUCUAGGGACCCCUGUGAGUAGAAUGGGACAGGAUUCAUCCGUCCGUGUCUGGCUCCUUUUGGCCAAGAUGGUUUUGGAAAACGAUGUCUAUCUGGGGGAAAGGGGAGACCUGUUCUCCUGUCAGAUGUACUAUAAAACUAAGAUUUUUUUUUUUUUUUUUUUUUUUUUUUUUUUUUUUUGCGGAACGCAGGCCUCUCACUAUUGUGGCCUCUUCCAUUGCGGGGCACAGGCUCCGGACACGCAGGCUCAGCGGCCACAGCUCACGGGCCCAGCCGCUCCGCGGCAUGUGGGAUCCUCCCGGACCGGGGCACGAACCCGUGUCCCCUGCAUCGGUAGGCGGACCCUCAACCACUGCACCACUAGGGAAGCCCAAAACUAAGAUUUUAAAACGUAAAUUCAUCAAUGGAAAAGAAGAGGAUCUCCACACAGACCCACAUGGAUCUGGGCGUUCACCACGAGAGUGGCAACUCAAGGCAGUGAGGAGAGCACCUCUGGUUCUUCACUAAACAGCGUCAAGCCUGCUGUCUGGGGGAGAGUGACAGCCCCAAGUCACACGAUGCCCGGAAGUAAAUCCCAGGAUUCGAGUCCUAUGUAUAAAGGCUACAGGGGCUAGCUAAGAAAUACAAGAAAGUGGCAAAACAUUUUUGUAAAGCGGGUAUCUAAUAAGGGACCUGAGCCUAGAGUAUCUAAAGAACCCCUAAAACUCAGCAGAGACAACCCAGUUAAACAAGGGGCAAAGGACCUGUGCACAGACACAUCUCCGAGAUGACCAGCAGGCGGCCGGCGAGCCGGGGAAAGCGCUCACCACCCUCAGCACCAGGCAAGUGAAUGUGAACCACAGCGACUCACCCCCAGGCCGCGAGACCCAGCGUUGGUGAGGAGGUGGAGACGCGAACAGAAACCGGGGCAGCCGCGGCGGAGACAGCCUGUCUCUCCAAAGGAAACAAGAGCUUCUGCAGGACCCAGCAAUUCUACUUCAAGGCACACCCACAGCCAGAGAAAUAAACACAACCACACCACCUCGUACCUGGACGCCCACAGCAACACGACGCACAGUCGCCAACAAAUGGAAACAGUCCGUGUCCAUCAAGUGAAGAAUGAACACGUGUCCCUCCACACACGGGAGCGUCACUCGGCCGUGAAAAGGGGUGAAGCCCCGACACUCCUACAACGUGGACGAACCGUGACAACACGAUGCUCCGUAAGAGAAGCCAGACACAGAAGGACGCGGUGUGUGAUUCCACUGAUGAGAAACGUCCAUAACAGGCAAAUCCAGAGACAGAUUCGUGGUUGUCAGGGGCUGGCGGGGGUGGGGGGGUGGGGGUGG